GUUCGGUUGCCAUGGAGCUGAGUGUGUCUCGUCACUCCGGCUCAUUCACAGUGAAAGGUUGUGCUUUGAGAAACAAAAAAGUAACGAGCCUGUAGAAAAAAGUUGGAAAUUGUCGUCUAUUGUGCCUCCUGUCCGGACGUGUCUGCCUCCCUCUGUCCCCACAAUGAGUGUCAGAGUAGCAGAAGGCCGUCUGCAGGUCCUUCAGAUCUACCGCCUGCUGCAGUGUGUUCAUGAUGGGGAUACGGCGCAGAUUGAGAAGAUGGUGAAGCUCGGGGUGGAAAACGUCAUCAACCUCACGGAGCCGCAAGAUGGCACAGGGGUUCUUCAUGUGGCGGUUUCAGCCAAUAACCAGGACCUGGUCAGCUUCCUUCUGUCUCAGGGAGCAGACCCCAACAUCCAGGACAAGAAGGGCCGCACCCCAGUCAUGUUAGCUGCUGAGCUGGGCAAUGAUACCAUCGUGGCUGUGCUAGCGCGAAGCCGAGCGGACCUGAGGCUCCAGGAUGCUGAGGGCAAAGGUGUUCUCUUCUACUGUAUCUACCCCACCAAGCGCCAUAACCGCUGUCUGCAGGUGGCGCUGAAGUGCCAGGCAGACGUCAACAACGUGUCGGCGCAGGGGACUCAUGUCUUCCAGCAGAUGUGUGAGAAGGCUCAGCAGUGCACCUCCAUGUGUCUCCUCAUGCUGGAUAGUGGAGCAGAUCCCAGUGCAACAAACCAGGAUACUGGCAUCACAGCAUUGAUGGAAGCAGCCAAAGCUGGCUCCCUGCAGCUUGUGAGAGCAAUUCUCAAGAAAGGGGGAAACCCUAAUGCCCUGGACCAUAACCGUCUAACAGCAGUGCACUAUGCUGCAAUGGGGGGCUUUUUUGAGGUGAUCCAGGUGCUGUCUGCUUUCUCAGCAGACAUGGGCAUGAUUAACCUUGACGGCUGCACUCCCCUACACUAUGCUGCUGCCAUGGGCAACGCAAACUGCUGCAAGUUCCUGGCACAAAGAGGUUGCAACCCCAAGCUAAAGAACCAUGAAGGUUUCUUGCCACGUCUGAUUGCCAAAGACGCCGGUCACAAAGCAGCAGCCAAGGAGCUGAGGAAAGCUGAGCGGCAACAGGGCAAAGGCAACAAAUCCAGCGGUGUCAGCCUCAUGUCAGGUCUCUGGGCUUUGACCCUCCACGACUGGUCCCACGAGUAUGAGACUGAGUUACGACAAGCCUUUGGGAACAAAUCCGACACAGUUACCAAAGAUCUGUUCAUUUCAGUUUUGCAGAAACUAAAAGCCCCGGCUGAUGUGGACCAACUCCAAACAGUAAUGUCAGCACAUGACAAGAGGAAAGAGAGCUGUGUCAACAUUAAUGAUUUCAUCAAAGGUGUCAAGUACAUCAAGAAACCGUUCCUCCUCUCCUCUUACUUACCAAAAAAGAAAAAAGGGUCAAAAGGAGGAAAAGGGGGAGGAAAGAAGAAGAAAAAGAAAGAUAAAUUUGUCCUCCCGAUUCCUAUUUGCACCCUCACACCAGAACUCAUGCUCCGGCGGAAGGAUGGAGGUCCACCAGAGUUCAUGAUUGAGACGUACUACAACUGCUCAGACAGCCGACGCUUUGACCGUGACCACCCUCCAGAACAUCCCAUAAUGAACGACUCGGGGUGGUACGUAGAGAAGCCAGAGAAGAUCUUCGUGAACAUCAACUAUUGUGUCAAAAGUGGGGAUCUGGAGUCGUUGGACCUUGCCUUCAGUCAGGGGGUUCCUGUGGAUGUUCAAGAUGAGUUUUAUAAAACUCCACUGAUGGUGGCCUGUUCCAAUGGCAACUAUGAGGUGGCUCAGUAUCUCCUGAGCCGGGGGGCCGAUGUAAAUGCCUGUGACCAGUUCUCCUGGACGCCGCUGCACCACGCGGCUCGCGCUGGCCAACUGGAACUAAUGGAACUUCUGGUGGAGGCCGGGGCUGCUGUAGACGCCCAAGCUCUCAGUGGUGGAACUCCCCUCAUGAGGGCCAUCCAGAGCUCCAGACCCGCCUGUGUGGACUUUCUCAUCAAGGCUGGUGCCAGUGUUAUUGCAGAGAACAAGAAAGAACAAAACUGCCUUGACAUCGCUCGAGCUUUUGCAGACUCCAGGACAAUUGACUUGGUCAAAAACAAGAUGGAUUCUCUGCCUAAACCAAAGGAGCCAUCAAGAGGAAACAGGAGCAAAGCUCAGCAGCCUAAACCCUCCAAAGAGAAGGUCAUUUCAGCAACAGUAACUGUGCAAGCAGAGUCAUCAACUGCAACAGCAGGGAAGACUUCACAGAAGGGUUCAAACAGCACUAUCCUGCAGAACACAAAGAUCACAACAGGGAAAACCAACAUCAUGCAGACUACCUUUGUGCCAAAAACGGUCUGGGGAAAGCCGCCCACCACCAGCCAGCUGAUGUCAAAGAUAGAGAGACGGAAGGAGCUCUUGUCUCUCGAGAUGGACUUUGACGACUUCAUGAUGCCUUUCAGCCGGAACAUCCAGAGGACAACAUGGACCACAGACUAGACACGAAGUAGGAGAGAGACACUCGGAAACUUUGAAAUUAAACUCAUAUUUUACCUCAGUGAGUUGAUCACCUGCCACAAUUAAUGGACAUUUCCCUCUCAUGCAAAUCCUCAUUUUGGUAAAAAGCUGCUUAUCUUGAUACUCAGUAACGUGAAUAAUCACUGAUGAUAUAUCCAUUUUAUAUACAUAAUGUUCUGUAGGGACAGUUUUGUGUUGUUUGGUAAUUGUCAAGCACAGUAAAAACCCAACAUGUCAAAACUCUGCUACUGAAUGUGAAUACUUUAUAACUGA